GGGGUGCACGGAGAUGCCCCGACCAAGGCCCAGAGAGAGACACGCACAGAGACACAGAGAGACUGAGUCACAGGCCCAGAGAGAGCCAGAGACCCAAAGAGAGGGAGACGAGACAGCCAUUCCUAGAAAGAUCUGCAAAGAAAGGGGAAAUGGAGAGGCAGAUGCCCACAACGAAACACAGAGGCCGUGGAAAGAGACAAAAAGAGGGUCCCAAGUAGGGGGAAGGGCAGAGACACAGACCCCCCCCGGGAAGAGCUAGAAAGACACAGACACGGAUCCAGAGCCAGACAGAGAAACGGGGUCACAGACAGACACCAACAGACAGAUACCGAGAGAUGCAGAUUGGCCGAGACACCCGCAGAAAUGCGGAGACAAAAAUGCAUGGGGAGACGUGCAGAGUGAAAACCACAGAGACGCAGAGAGCUCCAGGGAGAGCCUGGAACAGACCCAAAGAGACCCUCCCCCCCCCCCCCCUCUGAGAAAGUCACAGAAAUAGAAACAGACGGCAGACAGUGAGAGACAGAGACACCGGGAGGCAGGAAGAGUGAGGAAUCCCGCCCUUGGGGCUGGCUCCCCUAGAGUUCAAGGUCACGGCUUGGCAGGGAAAGGAGGGGGGGGAGGAACACCAAAACAGAUCAGUGUCAGAUGGAGGUGGGGGAGUGUGAGGUGGUGCGGGCCUGACACCACACCCUCUCCCCUCCCCCCACCCACACCUGCUUCCCCGCUUUAGCGCCUGUUGUCACCGGGGUGGAAUCCUGGUGGCGGACAAAGGGGUGGGGGUGGGGAGGGGGAGACAGAGAGAUGGACAGAGACAGAGGGAAAGACAGACCCACGGGCGGAGAGUCACAGGGACAAAGGAGAGGCAGACAGUGUCAGAGAGGUGGAGGCCCAGAGACAGAAACCACAAGGGAGAAAGCGCCCCACGGUCCCCCUUUGGUCAAUAACUAUUCUCCAAGGACCUACUGUGUGCUGGGCCCAGGGACUCCAAAGCAGAGAGUGCAGCGUGCUGUACGGGAGGUGGGGAGCCCAGAGGUCGGGGUCACCUGACCCAGCCUGGGAUCAGGGCGGUGCCGAUGGGGUGGAGGGGUCCCCAAGCAGCCGGGAGGAGCCAGGAUCCUAAAUGUGGAGCCCGAGUGGGGGCAGGGCCGCCCCAGAGCUGGGACUCCCGGUUGGAGAAAGGAAUUCCUCCCCCUCCCUGUCCCCUGGGAGGCGGGGCUGAGCCUCAGCUAUAAACCCAGGGGUGCUGCAGCUCAGUCAGCCAGGCUCUGCCCCGCCGUUCUCCGCUCCUGCAGACCCAGCCUUAGGUCACACAGGAUGUCUGACACCGAGGAGCAGGAAUAUGAGGAGGAGCAGCCCGAAGAGGAGGCUGCGGAGGAGGAGGAGGAAGCCGCCGAGGAGCCGGAGCCGGUGGCAGAGCGAGAAGAGGAGCGGCCCAAACCGAGGCCUGUGGUCCCUCCGCUGAUUCCCCCGAAGAUCCCAGAAGGGGAACGUGUGGACUUCGAUGACAUCCACCGGAAGCGCAUGGAGAAGGAUCUGCUGGAGCUGCAGACGCUCAUUGACGUGCAUUUUGAGCAGCGGAAGAAGGAGGAAGAGGAGCUCAUAGCGCUGAAAGAGCGCAUUGAGCGGCGCCGGGCAGAGAGAGCUGAACAACAGCGCUUCAGAACCGAGAAGGAGCGCGAGCGUCAGGCUAAGCUGGCGGAGGAGAAAAUGCGGAAGGAGGAAGAAGAGGCCAAGAAGCGGGCUGAGGAUGAUGCCAAAAAGAAGAAGGUUCUAUCCAACAUGGGAGCCCAUUUUGGGGGUUACCUGGUCAAGGCAGAGCAAAAGCGUGGUAAGCGCCAGACAGGCCGGGAGAUGAAACUACGCAUCCUGUCUGAGCGUAAAAAGCCUCUGAACAUCGACCACAUGGGAGAAGACCAACUCCGGGAGAAGGCCCAGGAGCUGUCGGACUGGAUCCACCAGCUGGAGUCCGAGAAGUUUGACCUUAUGGCGAAGCUGAAGCAGCAGAAGUAUGAGAUCAACGUGCUGUACAACCGCAUCAGCCACGCCCAGAAGUUCCGGAAGGGGGCAGGGAAGGGCCGCGUUGGAGGCCGCUGGAAGUGAGGCCCUGGGGCUGGAGCCGGAGCCCUGGGAGGACCUGUCCCGUCUCUGCGGUUUGAAAUAAAUGCUCCGCUUACAGACA